AUGAAUUAUAACCUUAUAUACAAUAAAAUCAAUACGAACUAUGUGAUCGAUCCAUAUGUUAGUAUGUUAUAUAUAAAAAGAGCUUAUAAAUAUUUACGACUAUUGAAGAAGAAUAAUGGAAAUGUUAUAGUAUUAGGAAAUAAGUUAAAGGAAAUAAGACUAGAGAAUUAUUUUGAUAAUUUAGAACAUGAAGAAAAAUGUAAUUUAAAUAAAUUAACAAAUGUAACAAGAAAUUUUGAUUUAUUAAUAUGUACAGAUUUGCCAUUAUAUUAUUCUCAUAUAAAAAAUAUAUUCAUUCCAAAAAUGUUAAUAUCAGAAGGUUCUUCAUUUGUUAAAAAUAAAAACUUUUUACAUAUUUUUGAUUAUUUCAUACCAUUGACAAAUGAAAAAUUGGAUAGACAUCUGCAUUACGUUUUGAGUAAAAAAUAUUUAUCCUAA